GCAUACAUUUUUCUGUGCAAAUUUCAAUUUUUGGUUACGGGACUUACGCACACACACUCCACAUGGCAACCAGACUGUACAUUAUCGGUGGUGGAGGAGGCGCACCAUUUGAAUUCCACGGCAUGAACAACGGUGCCACCCUCAGGAAGAUCGGUGUGGCGGUGAAAGGCUGGCAGGUCAAAGCUGUGCGUGCGGAGCUGACCGACGGGCGCGUGGCAACCUUUGGAAAUGCGCACACUUUCAAUGAGUUUGAGUUCGACCUCGGCGAGCACAUCACCAAGCUGUCACUGUGGGGUAACGGCGCCGGCACACGUCUGGGUGCCAUCAAGUUCACGACGAGUAAGAACCGGCAGUUCUUUGAAAAAAUGACUAGCUGGCCCCUGAAGACUGAGUACACCAUAGAUGUGGGGUCCGGAAUCUGCCUGGGGCUGGAGGGGAGGUCUGGCUCGGAUAUCGACUCCAUGGGCUUCCUCUUCAUCAACCCCAUCAAGUCGUCCGUGCUGACCGACAUGGAGUAUCCCACCCUGUCCCUCCUCAAACCCCAGGUGACCCCAGAAUAUGUGAAGUCCGUGACUCACCACAACGACACGUCCUUGGUUCAAGAAGAGUCCAUUACAUACAGCAAGACCCUGACUAAGACUUCCUCCUGGUCGGUCAGCAACAAGAUAGAGUCCACCUUGAACGUGUCGGUCAAAGCGGGGAUCCCGGAUCUGGUCGAGGUGUCAUCAGGGUUCAGCUUGACCGUGGGAGUGGAGCAUUCCACCAGUCUGCAGAAGACAGAGACCAUAACAGAAGCGGAUACCAUCCAACUGAAGGUCCCGCCAUGGAAGACCUUGGAUGUUGAAGUCACAGUGGGGAGAGCAAAUAUCGACCUCGACUACAGGGCGAAAGUGAAAGUCACCUGCAUGAAUGACAGCCAGCUGGUCUUCCCAUCCAACGGCACCUACAAUGGUGUGACUUACACUUCAGCGAAGGUAUCCAUAAAGGAGAGAUGAGUCAAGUGUAUGACAUCAUGAAUAAUAAGCACAGUGAUAGAAUGUGACACCAUUGCUGAUUCUUUGUGUGC